UGUCGCAUCCGUUGCUGCCUACUGGUACAGUCCUCCAAAGCGAAAUUCAGGAGUCAAGACGCGUGACGCACACGAGGCGGGCGUAUGCGAUCGAGCGCCACCUACAAAUUCCCCUCAUCGUCCUGCAAGUCCUCAAGUCGCUAGGCCCAUUGUGCUCUGUGUCAAACCCUUCUCUGCCCCCUUCUUCUCGCAUCGCACAGAUGUCGGAUUGCUCAAUGCCUCACGUGGCGCAUCACAGCUUGGGAUCAUGACGGCUGCGCCUAGGCCGUACUUCCCUCUUCAGGCAGUCGUCGCGCUGAGGGGGACACGAUGCUUGACAUAGCUUUCGGAGACCAGCAUGCGGCAGUGGAACGGCUCCCUGCAGAGCUUCUGGGGGAAACCUUCAUGCUCGUAUGCGCGGGAGAGGUAGACCCCCACGAACGGCUUCUGGCAACACUCAAACUCCUGCAAGUCUGCCGGUCCUGGAGACACAUCGCGCGGCACACACCCAGGCUAUUCACCUCCCUCACAGUCACCUCCUUCGCGCGCUACGCCAACCACCUGCCAGUGACCGCCGACUGGAUCGCCCGCUCCUCCCCCCACCUCCUCCACUUCGUCUUCGAUGUCGCCGAACUCGAAGGGUGGAACGCCGCCGCUGUGCACCACUGCCUCCAGCUCGUCGCCCCCCGCCUCGGGCAGCUCACCAUCGGCACGAGCGCCGCCCUUUACGCCGCCCUCGCGCGCAUGCGCGUCGCCUUCCUCCGCCUCACGCAUCUCCUCGUCUUCAUCGUCAACGAGGACUCGUGGUCCGGUCCGCCCGCUGAGCUCUCCCCCCUGCUCCCCCGCCUCCGCACACUUGAGCUCGCCGCGCCCGUGCACCUCGCGCACUUCCGCUUCCCCUGGGCGCAGCUCACCUCCCUCGUCCUCCGCGGCGACGUCGAUCAUACGGAGUACGACGACCCGUACGUAGUGACCGGCGUCCUCGCGCAAUGCGCCGCGCUCGAGCGCGCCGAGCUCGUUCUGCGUCCGUUUCUUGAGUCCGAGGUCUCCGCGGGCGCGCCGGCGAUCCACUUGAACCACCUUUCGUAUCUGUCGCUCAUCUUCGAUGAUGAGCUACAAGCGGGCGGGGAUGCAUCUCCUGCGCCGCUGCUUUCGCGACUGCAUCUUCCAGCUCUGCGGCAUCUGAUCCUGGGCUGGAAUCUUGCCCGCGCAACGCUCAUUCCGCCCACUCUCUCCUUCCUCGCGCGCAAUGGUGCCACUAUCGAGAGCAUCGAGCUCAUGAACACGCCUCUUGAAACGCGCGAGCUUGACAGCAUCCUCGCCCGCACACCCUCUUUGCGCUCGCUCACCCUCAUGUGGGUCAUGGUCCUCGACUACGCCGGCGUAGUUUGGGAUGUCCUCAAGUGGGACGCAGAGCGGCGACGCGUGCCCAAAUUGAGAGACCUGGCAAUCUACGUGCAGGCGGGUGGGCGAUGGCCAUACGAAGAGGACGACCUGGCCAUGGAGCGCAUGAUACGCUCUCGUUGGUGGUCGGACGCAGAGGACGCGAUGCCGCACGAGCAGUGUCGGCUGCGCUCGUUGACGCUCGAGCUCUCAGGCUCCGAGCGGAAUGUGUCGCGGGAAGUCGUCGCACGGCUGGACACACUUGUCGACCAAGGGCUUGAUUUGCACCUCGAGCAUAGCACACACUCCUGGUUUCUCAGCGGUCCGGCGCCGUCACCGAAUGCAGACGGAGAGCAUGGCUAGCCACAGGCUCAGCAUGGCAUGCUUGCUAUCGUCCCCGCCCGUCUGCAGUGGUACCUGCAAGUCAAUGCCUAUUUCUCGUUAGCGCUGCGCGAUGAAUAAGAAAACAAAACCGGCAUGCCUUGGCUGAGGCUGGGAUUCUAAACCGACGCGAGUGAUCGCUGAGCACGAACAGCCAUACAUAUGUAGGCGGACGACAAGAGAUUGACGCACACUUGUAGGCCCUCUGUGGACCAGAUUCCGUCGGGACGCCGGGAAGGGAAAUUGAGGAAAAUACGGCAAGGGCGCUCGCAUUAUAUACUUGUUUUGUCAGACCGAACACCUGCUGUGCAAGACGUCGCAUCCUUCAGGCGUCGCGAUCCUAUGUG